GAGGAGUUGGGGAUGUGGCUGAACUCGAUACAGUUUAUGAUUUUCCCCAGCGACCUGAUUCGGGUUUGCUCGGUGCCUGGACAGCAAACUGGAGGCUCAGCCGCUCUCUUGCGUUACUUGUGCGGGGGAUUAGGAAGUGAUUUUCUACAAUGAUGACUAAAGGUCUUAGCGUAGCCGUUGUGGAAAAUAAAAGCAGUGGACUGCCAAAUAGAAAUGGUCUAUAUUCUCCGAUGCGGAGUGCUGCAGUAGCUAAGGACCUGCAUCAGCGGUACAAGGAUCUACUUGAACCUCUAAGUCUGUUCACAUCCAAACCUAAAGAUACAGACUUACCAGUAUUGCAUCAGGAGCGUCCAGUAACCCCUAUUGAUGAGAAUGUGAAGUUGGCCCCAUCGUCCCUCGCUGAUCUUUAUCAAUUGAUUCAGAGAAGAAUUGCUGCAAAAUCAGAGGUUAAAACUGUUUCUGUAGAAACCCAGCAAGAACUGGGAGGAAUCAUUCUAUCAGAUGUAAAGUUCCUCUGGAAGGAAUUUGAGCUCUAUUCUCAUGACGGUACUUUGACAAAAAUGGAAAACCAAGAGCUGAGCCGACGAAUGACUACACACAUCAUUACAGUGUGUGAACAGCUAUUCCUUCACUAUCUUCGAAUGGUGAACGUAGUGAGACAGCAUUCUGUUUUCACUGAUGAGGCCAACCUGACUAGAUUAAAGGUCCAACUUGCUCAUGAUUGCACUAAGUUCUUGAAUAUGCGAGCUAUAAAACAUCAAGUUUCUAAAGAAAUCAAGGCCCUGCGCAAAUCAGGAGAAACUGAUGACAACAUUUCUGAACAAGAAAAUGCAGGCAAAUAUAAACCUAUGAUCAGCAAAUCAACAUCUCCUGAGGCUCCUUUUACCUUCAAGUACCUCUUCAACCUUAGCCGACCCAAGAGACCACCAAAACCAAAGAAGCAAACAAUAGAAGGUGACCUUAAAGAGAUCAACGACAGUAUUCCACAGCUGGAUCUAAUGCAGCUUUAUAAUGUGAUACUUCAUGAAGCUGAAUCAUCUGGCGAUCACAAACCAAUGGAGAUUGUUGCAGUACGAAAUCUUAAUCUUCAAGAACAACAAAAUAAAGAAGUUUACGUAACCAAAAAAAUGCAGCUAGAACAUCAAGUAAACGUAAAGAAUUGGAAAUUAAGUCAAACUACAAAAACUGGUUUAUCAGAACAGCAAAAUAGCUAUUCCUUUAGCUCAACCUCCCACAGCAAUUUGUUGCUUGGUUUCUGCAAAAAGACAAGAAAUGAAGGAAAUGACCCUUUGUCCAUUGCUGAUGAUCUGCAGAACUUGUUGCAAAUUUCUACAGUUGGUCAAGGGGUUGCAGCUGAUCCAGAAACAACUCUUCCUCCUCUGAUUGAAGCAAUCACGUAUGAUAGGAGUAAUGAAAUUAAAAAGCAUAAGCAACAGAAAAUGCUAAAGGAACUUGAGGAAGAAGAGGAAAAAGAACUAAAGCAGAGAGUUCAACCAAAGGGGCCAAAACACGUACAGCCAACUAUUGUCAACAUCAGAUUGUCCCAAAAGAUGAUGGCACAAACAGCAGAUGUUCGUGUGUCAGACAGACAAUUUACUGACUCAGUCUGUCUUGAGAUAUAUCCAGCUAUAUAUGAUCACCAACAUGAAGAGUUUGACCAGGAAAUGGUAAAAACAAUGGACAAAAACUUAUAUUUUGGAGAAGAGCUUCAAGAGAUUUAUCAGGACCUUUUGAAAAUGAUCCCAAACGAUCACCUGUUAUUUGAUGAGGAUCCUGUAAUAGUCCCUCCAGCAGUAGAUGUGGAUCUUGCUGGAUGUUUUCCAUCUGACACUUUAACUGGGAGGGUGAAGGAGCGUGUUAUUAACCCUGAGCUGAAGUUAUUGGAUUCAGAUUACGGGACCAAGAGGUAUUUAUUAAUAAAGAAAGAAAUUGAAAAAAGAGAAGUUAAAUCUGAAAAUCAAUUCCAAAAAGUUGUUCCACAGCAGGAUUUAAAUAUAAAUUUAAAUGAUUACCUAACAUACGUCCUUACACAGGGGUCUGACUACUUGGCAGUUCUCUAUCAUUUCUACGAGAAUGAGGAUGAGAAAGAUGAGGAAAGAAGAGCACUUUUUGCUCGAGAAUUGGAAUUGAAACGAGAAGAAGAAAUGGAACUUUCAGAAAUUCGCUUAGUAAAAGAAGAAUUUGUCACUGGGACAUGGAAUAUAAAUACUAUAAUGCUUGGAGGUUUAGGAAAAGAACCUCUUCCAAAAGCUGCUAAGGUAAGAUUACCGGCAAACAGGUAAGGAAAUAAUAUUUUAGAAUUGUUGAGUAAUGCAGCAUGGAGUUGGAUCACAUUGCCCAACUUAUCCAUCUCAACAAAGGUGCCCAUCUAAGCCUUUCCAAUUUGCCCACGUUUGUCUCAUUUCCUUCUAAAUGUUUCCUAUCCAUGUAGCUGUCCAAAUGUCAUUUAAAUGUUAUUAUAUCUGCCUGAUCUACAUCCUCUAG